AUGAAAGCUGCUGCACAAAUUAUUGAGGCUUCCGAAGGCCAUGUGCCCGAUGACCUGAAUUGGGAUCCCCUGACGAUGAGCUAUGGCCGCGAGAAUGGUCUGCCGAGCGACGCGAUCGAGCUUCCGCCGGAACUGAUGAUGCCUCUUGGCAACAGCGCGGAGGGCACCAUUGGCUCCAUCCCAGGAGCGUGCAAGGCAAGUCCUGGCUUCGGCGCUGCACUGUCUUUCUUUGCGGCUCUAGAUCUGUUGCAGGAGGCCGCUGCCCGGGAAGCUGCCGAAAAAGCAGCAGAGGAAGUAUUGGAUGAGUCCUGGAUCGAUCAGAUGGAGCAGUGGCUCGGCCUUCCAUCGAUUGCAGAUUCAGCAGCGAUCAUGCGAGAACCGCUGGAGCUAGGCCAAGAAAGCAAUGCAUCCAUGCAGGAGGCAUUGGAGGUAGCAGAAGCAGAGGACGUCAAAGAAGAUGCCGAAGCUGAGGUAGAGGAUGAACCGGAGGAGGAACAGGCUGAAGAUCCGAUCGACGAGGAGGAGGAGGACACGCAGUUUGUGGAGCAGUCGAAGCAGCGCCGCAAGCGACAGGCCAAGCAGGCCAAGAAGCUUGCAGAGGAAAAAAUACGUCAGGAGGAGGAGGAGCAGCGCCAGAAAUUGGAAGCAGCAUUGCGCGAGAGAAGAGAAGCUGAUCAGAGAAGAAAGGCACAGGAGGAGCAGGACCGCUUGGAACAAGAGCACCAACAAAGGCUGCAACGGGAGGCAGAGCAGGCAGAAUUGCGCCGCAAGGCCGAGAAGGAAGCCGAGCUGAAGAAAGAAGAGGAGGAGCGCCAGGAGCGCCAGAAGGAAGAGAAGCGCAAGCGUGAGGAAGAGGAGAAAGAGCGCCAGAGGCAAGCUGAGGAGGAAGAGCGGAAGCGACAGGAGAAGGCCGAAAAGAUCAAGGAGGAACAAGCCGCUGAGACGAAGGAAGCGGAGGAGCUGGGGCGCGAGCAGGUCAAGCAGAAGGCGGCAGAAGAGCGCCGUCGAGCUGAGGAGUUUCAG